AUGGCGACUAAAGGAAAAGGAAGAUCUCGGGAGUUAUCGCGAGAACGUGAUAUUUGCCAAAUCAUGGAGGCCAUAGGAAGAACAUUGAUAAUUUUGGGGUGUUUCUCCUUUGCAUUUUCCACUAAAGUACCAGUUUUAUUGUGGUCUUCUUCCAGAUCUUUUGCUGACUUACCACAGAGCAAUGCAGGAAAAACUGUCCUGUCCACAGAUUUUACACAGCAAUACUUGAAGCCACUGACAACUGGAAAAGAUGGCAACCUUGUUGUUUUUAUGCAGGACAAGCUAAGUCUGCAGGACUUCACCCAGCAUGCCGAUGUUUACAACCCAGAGAGUGAUGGUGGGGUCUUCAAGAACAUCAAGGGGUUCAUGGACGACCUAUCUUCAGUAAGUCUCCCAUCCGUUCAUCUCCCUGGUCUCGCUGUUGAUGAAACAAUCAAGAAAUUCAAAGGAAAAGUUCACCAAGUGAAGGGUCAAGACAUCACCAAGAUUGGCCUUGACACGGCUGUUCCUAAUUUGAUCAUUGUGACCUUGAACUCAGUAUCUGACAGUCCCACUGAAGCAGAGGGCUUCAAGAAGAAUGAUGAAGCCAUAGCUAAAGUGAUUAGACACCUGACAAAGCGUGAUGUUAAGUAUACGGCUCUCUAUACAGCCAGGACCUCACAAGCUGCCGAAAGUAGUGGUGCAGAAACUAAGAGAAAACUUCUGAGUACACAGGAAGUAUCUAAUGUUCAAUCUGAUGUUGUAAACAUUGCAAACGGAACGCUAAUUAACUCUACAUGUCUGCUGAUGUAUAUGCGAUCCAUCACCGUGGUGUUCCAGAAUAAAACUUAUAUCAGUAACAAAACAGAUAAUGUUAAUAAGACUUCAGUCAGUAUAUCCUGUUCCAACAAUACAGCCAACUUGAAUUUUGGUUUCAAGGCUGAUACAGAUGACCGAAUGACUUUAAGCAUGCACAUGGCAGUAGGUAAUGUGUCAGGCUACUGGAGUGUAGUAGAGGCCAGUCUGACUGUGAAGGGCCAAACCAAUGACUUCUCCUUAGACAGUGUGUCUGCUCCAAAGGGAUUCUCCUAUCACUGCUCCAGCUUAGGAAAAGCAGGCAACAGCACGGGGGCCAACAUCACGGUUUCCUUUGAUGGAUUCCAGCUGCAGCCAUUUGGCGUUAUGAAUUACCAGUUCUCGGAUGGCUGGGACUGCAUCCCCUUCUUCACUGAGGUGAUCUGGAUGGGAAUUGUUUCCAUGGCAGUGGUCCUCCUCAUUCUCCUCCAUGGUUUUACCAUGUUGACCUCAGUCACCACCCAGGAUAGAUUUGAUGACCCCAAGGGCAAAACUAUCACUGUCAAUGUCAAUGAAUAGAGAACUAAUUCACAUUUGUUUUUAUAUUUUUGUUACUUAUCAUUCCUUAAAAGUUAGAUUAAGCUGUAUGAAUAUGUCUCUGAAGAAGGUUUUAUCUGACUUUUUAUAAAUUAAAAAUGACAGUAAAAUUUUUUUUUAUUAUUUUUGUUAUUAUUACAUGAAACUGUGUAAAGAAUUUGUUAAAUUAUAAUAGGGUAAUUUUUUUAAA